GAAUGGCUCGUCGUCUCCUUUGAUUGGGCUGGGGCCUAUCGAGGCGCGCCGGUUUGCGUGCGGAGGUCCAACGCCAUUCGUUUUAUAUUUCGGUCGGUUGAGGAGGGGAAGGACUUCUGCCCCCCCCGUGAGCCUGAGCGCAGCAAGACGUGGAGCUUUGGUGGACUUCGUUCGCGUUGCGGUUUGGUAGCCCAUCUUUCUUUCGUCAGCAUCGGUGCUAUAUGCAGAUCAUGCUUGAAUAAGGUGGUCGCAAUGCGAGAAGACUCAUGCGGACUAAUUGCUGUUGCGACAUGUAUCUACAUAGCAUGCUGCCUUCUACUAGUAGCUCAUUCGCCAGCACGUCUCAAUCAUUUUGUUUGGGCUGCCAGUGUUGCACGGGGUAAGCCAGUACAUUCAGAAUAUUGGGGCAGACAAAGUAGAGCCCAAAUAGUUACGGCACCUUCAUCAACACUCUGCACCGGCGCGAUUUUCAUCACGGCGUGGUUCUCUAGCAAUAACUGGUCGCAACGACUUUGUGCGUGCGGAUUCUUCUUGUGCAGCAGCUUCGCCGGCAAUACGGCAUGCUGUUUGCGCCACCAGUGCGGAAAAUGUUGGGGGCACAUUAUGCGUCGAGCGAACUUCCACCAGUCGAGGUUUACAAUGUAUUACGAGCAGGGUACUAGUUCUGCCACAGCAAGAACGACACACCUCUAGGCUGAGAAAUCAAACAGCGAAAAGAAUCUCGGGGCCGGAAGCCGAAUGAAAGUGCCGAGGGUGUUCAUCUCAUGAGCGUAUUUUGCGACGUUUUUCUUUUUACCUGAACCGCGGCGACAGAAGUGAGGAAGAAUCAUUCCAACCAUGAACAAGAGAGGUCAGCGCCUUUUUAGUCCGCAUAAGUACCACGAGGAGCAUUUUCAUACAGUACAUUGGAGCGGGCCCGACUCUCAGAACUGUGCGAAUAUUAAAACGUCUCCGAAAUGGGUUUUCUUGGCGGGGGAAAUAUUAAUCAUAGCCUGCAAUUAGAAAGAACAGUUGAGACAUUUGUGAAUCGGUUUAAUACAGACUGCUGCUCCCUUACAAGAAAAGAUGUGACCACGACCCUCGUGACAACAUCAGGGGCUGUUUCUUUUUGCACCUCGUCCGCACGAGGGCCGGCCACCCUGGGUGGAGAUCGUGCGCCCACGACUGCGAGGCUGAAGUUCUGCCGCGAGGAGCCGGGCGAAAACCGACGUCCAGAAGACAUCGCCGCACAGCCCCGCACGAAGGGCAAAUGUAGGACUACAGCAGUAUUCUAG